UGGUAAAUGUACAGUUCUUUCAAUACCUUCAGAUAGCCCUCUUCGUCGGAAGUAGGCAUCCAUUGUGUUAGUAGGACCAAACAAUAUUGGGAAUAAUCUGGCGGGUGUGUAGUCGAGACCGAACAGGGAGUAACCAAUCAUUUUUUGGGGAGCGACAACUUCCGAUCUGCGCUGGAGAACUGAGUUUUGUUGUGUGAUCUGAUCAACAGGAUCAAACCAGGCAUCAUCAAGAGGGUGAACAGACUCUCCACACCGAUUGCUGGACUGGACAAUGUUAUAGUCUUCCUCAGACUAAAAGAGGCACAGCUCUUUCGCUCAGGAGACCUCCAAGACACAUCCGCUAGAGUCAAUGUCAAGUGCUGAUCACCAUAUACUGGCUAGGUAGGAAGGCACAAUGCGAGCCCUUCUAUAAUGGACCUAACUUAAGACUCAAGGCCUUCGAAGGACUACUGGACAUAGCAGCGCUAUCCAAGGCACUUAAGGAAUCAUCCGGCCAGAGAGCCAGCAGCAGCAGCAGAAGAUUUAGAGAAGAGACAGUGGUUUCAGAGACAGCUGGUAUAGUGGGAGAGGGGAUAUAUUACCUAUACUGAGAGGAGAAGGACACGGGGUUCUAGACCACACAGCAGAUCCCUGACAACACGCUCAAAGCAGCAGUGAGGGGUUGUGAGAGUGUCGCGGAGACGGACUCAGUCUUCAGGAUGGCGGCAGACAGUAACAAGGAUUCACUGCACUACCGCCGCUCGCUGGUCAUCGAGCCUAAAACGACCACGCAGUUCAACCAGUUCCUGCCCACCAAGGACAAGCCAGCGGCCUAUGUGCCAGCGCCGCUCCGCAAGAAGCGGGCCGAGCGCCACGAGGACAGCCGCCGGAGCUGGGCCAGCCCCAUGUACACGGAGGAAGAUGGCACCUUUACCAGACUGCUCCAAAAGCGCGCCGUUGCUAACGACGGGAGCAAAUCAAUGACAGACCUUGCAGUGGAGCAGGCAGCACUGAAGCAGGUAUGCCACGAGGAACUACAGAAGAUCAGAGAGCAGGUCAAGGAGAAUGAGGACCAGUGGCAGGAUGACCUCACCAAGUGGAAGAACCGUCGCAAGAGCGUCAACUCUGAUAUUGUGAAGAAGAAAGAGGAGAGGGAGCAGAUUGAGCAGACCACAGAGAGCAGCGGAGGAGGGAGCGGUGGUUUCCCGAGGUCCACCCGGAGCUCCAUCGGCAGUCGUCUCAACUCCCUCGCCGCCCUGGACCAGGACGUGUUUGAAGACUCCUCUCCGGUCCUCCAAACCCGUACUCUCCCCCCCAGGAGCUACACCAUCGACUAUCCCUACACCCCCGUUGAGCGCCCCAGUCCCACACCCCCCUCCGUGCCCCACCCGAGAGAGAAGGACCCCGUCCCCACCACGGCAACCGACAGGGCCUACUCACCCUCCAGGGGUGACAUGAGCAACAGUAGUGACCGUCCCUCCGGUUCAGGUAGCGACAUCACAAACAACACUACCACCAUCGGUCGUACCUCCAACUACAACCGCUACGUUCCGACACCCUCGGAGAGAGCACCGACCCCCUCGGAGAGAGCCCCGACCCCAUCGGAGAGAACCCCGACCCCCUCGGAGAGAGCCUCGACCCCCUUGGAGAGAGCCCCAAGCCCGGCCUUGCGGUACACCAGCGCAGCCAAGAUGGAAGAGACCUCCAGCACCACCACCACCCCCAGCUUCCUCGCAAAACUACCCGAGCCCAGGCGCCCGUGGGCAGGCAAGGUGGCUGAAGAAGUGACCACUUCCACUGGUGGUGGUUCUCUGUACAAAGUACAGCCACUGUACAACUCGGUGGCAAUGGAGCAAAAGCCUGUGCCUCCCAGUGUGUCUCGGGUUUCUGCCUCUCUCCCCAGGAGCUACAUGAAAUCGGAUAGUGCUCGCCUCACCUCUGUCAUCACGCCACGGCCCUUCGGGAGCCAGUCCACCUGCGUCGCAUCGCUGCCACGCGCCUACACCAAAAGUGUGAACGGCGAGAUGGAUGUCACCCAGAAGUCGUCGGCCCCCAGCCGCUAUAGCCAGGUUAUGACCUCCGAGGAUGAGGCACGUUCCCACUCCAACUCUGCCAACAGCAGUGGAGGAGAGGAAGAGGAGGAGGAAGAAGAAAAGAGAGAGAGGGUAAGGGGAGUGAACCCUACACGGGUCCCUACCCUGGCCCCCUCUCCUGUCCCUCCUCAGGCCAGGAGUCCUUUCACUGCACUCCAGCCCCCGAAAGUGGCCUCCUCAGCCCCGGUCAGUCCUGUACCUGCAAAGGACACAAACAAGGAGAGCUACGCUGACAUGCGGAUCAGUCUCAACCAGAAGCCCAACAGCAGUCGAGACUUUGGCUUCCAGACUGAGUGGGACUCCACUGGAGCACACGUCACCUCCAUCCAACCAGGCAGCCCAGCGGAGCUGUGCCAACUGCAGGUGGGAGACGAGGUGCUGGCGGUGAGCGGGCACAGGGUGGCAGAGAUGAGCUACGGCGAGUGGAAGAGCAGCACAGAGCAGGCCCUGCAGCAGGGCAGCCUCACCAUGGACAUACGUCGCCACGGCAGGAACAACUGGGACAGAGACCUACCUUCCCUGCCGUGCAAAAGCCAUAAGACCAUCAAUCUGACCAGUAUGAAUCAUCAUCCAACACUUAUAGGUUCCCCCAACACAGCCACGGUUAACUCAACCACCAGCUUGGCUUUCACAUCUCAGGGAUCCAUAGAAACCACCAAGGAAAUCGCCAUCCAACAAAUCACUGAUGUGGCAUCCAUUGGAGUGAAUGGAGGUUCCCGUGACAAGACGGUGACCGUGAAAAACAAAGAGUCUGUAGAACCCAUAUCUUUGAAAAACUUAAAACGGAGGUCAGAGUUUUUUGAACAAGGAGGAUCAGAUUCUGCGAUAUCAGAUAUGCCCGUUCCCUCCAUCGCUCCCUCUAACCACUGGUCCUGGGACCUGGAGGAGGAGCGCCGGAGGCAGGAGAAGUGGCAGAAAGAGCAGGAGCGACUUCUACAGGAAAAAUACAGUCGUGACCAGGAGAAACUGGAGGAGGAGUGGCGUCGAGCCCAGCAGGAUGCUGUGACUGACGGGGGCAGACAGCACCAAGAAGAGCCGAGCAGCAAGAGUAUCAGCCUACCCUGCCCUCUCCGCCAGCCCAUCCUGCCCUGGGAGGACCAGGAGGAAGAGAGGAUGAGGAGGAGGGAAGAGGAGGAGGCACAGCGAAGACAGGAGGAGAAGAGGAGAAUGGAGGAUGAGCAGCGAUGGCAGGAGGAGAGGAUGAGAACAGAGGAGCGAGAUCUGCUGCGUCUUCAGAUGGAGAAGAAGAGGGAGGAGCAAAAGGAGGAGGAGAGGAGACAGAGGAAAGAGGAGGAGCUGAGAUGGCAAAGGAGGAAGGAGGAAGAGAGGGAGGAGGAGAGGAGGCACCAGAAGGCUGCUAAUCAACAACACAUGGAGAAUGCCAGAAUGCAGGAACAGCAGCAAUGGGUGGGGGACUCCUGUGGCUAUGCCAAGGUCCAGCCUGAGAUAUCAAUGGCAGACAGGGCAAAAUCCAAAUCUACUCCAGAGCUAGAUGACGUGGAGAAACCAGAGACUAAAAGCUGGUAUGGCCGCUCGGGGGGCAUGGCCCAGAAGUUACUGGAGGAGGAGUUGAGACGUAAAGCAGACAAAAAGGCCCAGAGUCUCCAGGCCGCGUCCGAGCUGGAGUUGGAGAGGAGAAACAUCCUGAAUGCCAUGCGAUACAGAGAGCCAGAAAGAGUGACUAGCAGCGGUGGGCUGGACGAGGCAUCGUGGAGGAAUGGCCAGCAGAGCCAGUCCCAGGCAGAGCUAGAGAGGCAGCAGAUCCUGCAGGAGAUGAAGAAGAAGACCCAACUGACCACAGACAACAGCUGGAUCCGCCAGGGAAAUACCACCAGCAAGGACCCCACUGCCAGCCUCAUCUGCAGAGGUGAGUCUCUGGACAACCUGGACACUGCGCCCCGCUCUUCUUGGCGCUCAUCGUGGUCAACCUCGUCCAUCGGUGGUGGCGGUGGUGGCAACAGCGGCAGAGGGGUCGGUGGUCGUCCCGGCUCAGCCACCCUGCCCUCCUCCCUCUCCAUGAGCUCCCUCAGAGGGGCCGGGGGGAGCAACCCGUCUUCCCGGUCCCAAUGCUCGCCAUCGCCAUCUCCCUCCCCCACUCCUCCUUCUGGCCUCGAAAUCGAUUCACGCCCAUCAUCGCAGCAACGCAGCAGGUCAGUGAGUGGCAAGAAAGUCUGUACGUUCUGUGACACGGUCCUGGGCAAGGGAGCCGCCAUGAUCAUCGAGUCCCUGGGACUCUGUUAUCAUUUGACCUGUUUCAAGUGCAUUGACUGCAAGUCCGACCUGGGAGGAUCGGAGGCCGGAGCUGAGGUCAGAAUACGGAGCCGACAGCUCUACUGUAACACUUGCUACACGCGAUUCAAAACUGGACAGCCAACCUCCAUGUGACAUCGCUGUACUACAGCAGAUUCAGGAAGAGACCAUUCCUGACAACAACCCAUGAACACUGCAAUCACGACAACAAGACGUAACACUUUGCUAGAUGACAAGUUUAGAUGUAUUAAUGAGUAUUGUGAUUCUGCAAAAAGCCCUUAUUCUUCAAUGAACUACUAUCUUAUUACUUCUUAUUACUGUAUCCAUGAGAGGGUGAGAUUGACAAAAAAAAGUUAACAUGUUUAUCUCAAAGUAUUAUUAUUAUUACCAAUUGCUUGUACAAAUUUUGAGGGAUGUGCAUGCACCUGUAAGUUUGAGAGUUUUACCUGGAAGUAGGUUUGGAAAAUUCUGAAAACUUUCUAAAAGUUCCCAGGUUUUUCAGAAAUUCCAGAUGGAGGGUUUGGGGAAUUUUGCAACGCUAGCUGGAAACAAUACUGGAAAUUGAUGUUGGUGUUGUCCAUAAGGUUAUUGAUCCUGAUUCCUUCAUAUUUCAGAAAGUUUUUGUGCUCGGCCAAGGGAAGCCUGCGUUUUCUUCUCCUUUGGGGCUCCUUUUCGUCUGUGCCUUUUUUGUUUGUGAUGGUGGGAAGAUUAUUUAGAUUAAAUGGAUUCAAAAGAUAUUUAAAACAAUGGCAUGGUUGGUUACAGAGAGUGAGCAAUUAUUGGGGAGUUGUUGUUCUUUCUCAUUAAUAGAAUGAAUCUUAUACAUUUGAGAUGUUAAGAUAAUUUUUGCCAGAGAAACAAUAUAUAAUAUAUGGGAUUGAGGCAAAUGUUGUUCAAUAACAUUUGUAAAUAAAAAUUGUGAUCCAGA